AUGUCGAAACCCCCAGGAGGCAAUGCGGCACCUGAUUACCGACGCUCCCAGACAGACUAUCAGCCCUCUGCAAAGCCUGGUGGAUAUCCGCAGGAUCAGCGUACACCACAGCCACCACCGCAACAAGCUACAUACAACCCACAACAUUAUGCAGAUGUUGACAAGCGACAACAACCACCGUACUCUCCUCAGUCAGGAGGGCAGUACGGCAAUAGCCAGUCAUACGCACACCCUCAACCCCCGCAGCCUGCCCCUCAGCAGCCUCCACCUCCGACGAAGCAAGAUCCUCGACAGCAGCAGCAGCAGCAGCAGCAGCCAGCAUCAGCCUUAACUAAAGCUCCUGAGAACAAACAAUCGCCAGUGACCCAAGCGACGCCGUCAACAGUGGGAGCUUCGGGUUCUCCAUUGCAAACACCAGGGCCUCUCAUUGCCAAUGCUAAUGGUAGUGCAGAGGCCACAGGUCGACGGCAAGAAACGACAAGGAUGCGAUCAUCAAUCGCUUGCUCCAGGUGCCGGCGCAGCAAAACCAAAUGCGACAAUAACGGCACUCGCGAUAGUACUGGCGCUCUCGCUCCGUGCAAAUCGUGCGUAGCGAGUUUACUUGCGUUCGAUAUGCGUGUAUCGGCGCCACUGUGUCGCGACGAAUUCGCUGACAGGAGGGUCCAGGCACCACCGAAGAAACGCAAACGACCCGUUAUGCCUACAGCAGGCACUCCAUCUCACAGUAAAGGCCGUCUAGGAACUCUGGAAGACGCUCUUGAAUCGCCCCUGCUGACACCCAAAGUCUGGGAUGAGCUGUGGGCUAUUCACGAGAAGCAUUAUGCAACGGAAUUCUCAUUUCUGCACAAAAGAACGUUCCUCGGUCCUCUCCAGAGACUACCACCAGUUUCAUCGUCAGGAAAGUGGUCCGAUUCUCAAGGCCAACGCGCCCAUGAUCCUGCCUUAGUCCUGGCGUUCUUGACACAGACUUCUCCAUUCCACCCCGAGCUUGUAGCUCAAACUGACAACCCUUACGAUACUGCCGAGUUCUACGCAGCAGCGACACGCAGGCACCUCAACUAUGACUUCAGUUGGGUGGGCGAGACGGCUAUGCAACAAAUUCAGGCAUUCCUCAUGCUUGGUUUUCACGAGUGGACUGCCUGUCACGGCCGCAACGGUUAUAUGCUGAUUCGGACGGCGGUAAACUUCGCACAAAUGAACGACUACCAGUACGACGAGGACCUGGACAAGGGAGACGAGAAAGAUGAUGCAGCUUCCAAACGCGAUCGCUUCAUCAGGCAAGAAUCACGGCGUCGUACUUUCUGGAGUUGUUUCAUCCUUGACCGCUACUUGAGUGUCGGGCGGAGACGCCCCAAGAUUCUACACAUGGACGACCUGCGCGGCACAAUCCAGAUUCCUUGCAGCGACAAGAAUUUUAUUUCCGGGCGAGCCGUUAGGACUAAGUUUUUUGGAGAGACCGACCAGGAGUAUGCAGAUCGGCGCAAGAAGAUGCACGACGAAGCUUUGCGACGCCACGGUGGGCAAAGACCUGAAAGAAUUGAAUGGGAAGACCGCGACGAUGAUGGUGUGCUCGGUCGAUACAUCUAUGCUCUCGAUCAUUUCUCCGAUGUGUCAAAAUGGGCAAACAAAGGAGGGAGACGUUCGGAACCUCGAAACAUUGGACCGUGGAAUCCCGCAACAACGUACUACCACCUUGACAAACGACUCAGAGAAAUCAAGGAGGAUCUACCAGAUGAGCUUCGGCUCACGUCCCUAAAUACGGAAAACCACAUCUACGGAGCGCCUUCUGGUACUUCAAGGACAUAUUUCAUGAUACACGCCAUUCUCACGCUUUCCAUAACGUACCUUGCUCCCGAGUACCUGGCAACAUAUCCUUUCCGAUUGACGAAGCCACAAGGUCCAAUGGACGAACCGCUGGUGACCGAAAAAUUACCUGAAGAUGAGCCCGAUUACUGGGUUGAGAAGGCCAAAGAAUGUUUUGAGUAUGUGAGAGACUUCGUCAGCAUACUUCAAUCUUUCAAGGAUAGAGGUCUUGUCGUGGAGUCUCCCUUUGUCGGACACGCAGUCUACAAGGCGGCGUGGUGCGCUUCCUACUGCCAUCAUGUCCCUCGUAUGGACCAAUCCGCGCCGCGCGCAUUAGACUCCCGGCUUGAGCCUAACGCAUGGGACGUUACGAACCAGGUCUUGGACAGCAUGAAAAAGAAGUUCAGAAUAGCGAACAUAUGGUCCAUCGACCUUGCGACGGUCGCGGCGACCUAUACCGAGAAACGAAAAGCAUGGAGGAACGCUGGAGGCUCUCCCCAGAGCACAGCCAGCGACAACGAUGGCGGAUUGAACGAAUACUCGACGAUCUUCGAAACGGUUCACAAGCAGUUUGGGAGCCUCCAGCAUGACAAGAAAGACCUGACACAUCCUAACGAUAAGCCCUAUAGCAGACUUGAGCACGAAGAAGAC